AUGACUGAAGAACGUGAUCUCUAUGUUGACAAGGUUAAUUAUGGAGGCCUAUAUCGACAGCGUUUGCGAAGGAAAAUUAUUACUGUGAUACUAUUUCAUAGACAAAUCAAAUGUGUCAAUGAAGAACAUGAAAGGUCUCGCCGAUUCUGGGUGCGUCCCAUACUUCAAACGAAACGUCAUGAGAAUUGGGAACAUUUGAUACAGGAGCUCCGUUUGUAUGAUACUAAAACUUACUUUAAUUUUAUGAGAAUGACACCAGAAACUUUUGAAGAGAUUCUUUCUUUGGUUGGAUUACAGCUCAUGCGACAAAUAACACAUUUAAGAGAGCCAAUAUAUGCAGAAGUUCUAUUAUCAUUCACAAUUCGGUAAAGUCAUGAAACACUUCUUUUUGGUUGUUAUUUUCUAAGUUUUUUUAUUAAUACUAGCACUAUAAACGCGCGCUUCGCGAAAACGUAUCUUUUCAUACAUAUUUAAACAUUGCUUGUCUAAGGAAUCUAAGUAAUCAAUGUGUAUCGCAAUAUGUAGCGAAACGUUUCCUUUUGGUAUAGAAUGCAAAUCUUAUAACAAAGAUUUAUAAGCAUAUAUCUAGAAGUCUUCAUGCGAUCCGCGCACUGUCAUCAACAAAACUACAUCAUACCGCGAUUAUAAUAAUAGUUUGUGCGAAUUAAAUUAAUCCAAAUAUGUUUCAACCGCGAGAUCGUGGAUUUAUAAGUGCUAUAAAAAAGUAAAAAGUGAUAAAUAUAGUGAAAUGAGUGUAAAACAUAUUUUAACAAAAAAAAACCAAAAACAUUUAAAAAAUCACAGCAUUAAUGAAUCAUCGGCAUUAUAAGUAAAACUCAAAAGGAAUAUUUAAAGAAAUUCUUUAGCAUUUUGAUUUCACUUAACUCGACCAAUGAGACCGUUACGGCCGCUUACCAUAAUUGUAAUGAAAAGAUAAACUGGGAAACUGAUGUAUACUUAUUAUACAACUAUAUUACGAUUUGCAUUUCAGAUAAUUUAAAAAAUAGUGUUCUCAUGCGAAACAAAUUUUGUUCA